AUGAACCUCAAACUACUCCCUCUACUCUCCAUCCUAACCCUCCCAAUGAUCGACGCCCUCGUCCUCCCCAAUCCCCCCUACGCCCUCUCCUCAAAGUCAGACCUCCCCUCCUCACCAACCACCAACCACGCAAUCGACACCGCCUCCGAAUCUACAUCCUUCCCCACAAACAACCCCCCAACAACAAUGGCAACCACAACCACGACCACAACCGCAAUCCCAAUCCCAAUUAAACAGUCGCAAUACGACCUCGAAAGAAUGUCUCUCCCGAUCUUGAAAUCCACCCUGCAGACCUGCGACGUCGUUUUCGCGGUUGUCGCGCUCGUGCUGCUCGUGCCGGGUCUGGUGGUUGUUUUGGUGAGGGGGUGGAAUUAUUUGCGGAAUCCCGAGGAGCGGGAUGUGGAGGGCGAGGGGAAGUAUUACGAGGAGGAGGCUUUGUUGGGUAAAGGUUCGGGAAAGGGUGGAAGUGUUAUGAAUCAGAUGGAGAAUGGGAAUGGGCGGGAGAUUGUGAGGAAUGAUGGGAGGGGAGGGGAUAGGAAGGUUAUGGUCGAGGAGGAGGUUUAA